CUUUUAAAGGGGAGGCCCCUCAAGAUGUCUGACAUGUUUCUGCAGGACCGCAGGCCACUGGCUGGCGUAGAGCACAGGCUUGUGGUGGGCUGUUUGUCUGCGUGAAGCUGGCAUGGCCUCCUGUUCCCCUGCAUCUGUUCCCCAUUAGCAGAGCCGAGAGUAUAAAGCACGGAGCUGACAGGGGCUGGGAACACUCGAGUUCCUGCCUGGAUCAUGGGGUUUACUAUCUGGCUGUGCCUGCUCUGCCUGCAAGCAAGCCUGCUGUCACACGCCCUCGACUGCUCAGGAGCAACACAGGGAGAGCUGUGUGUCAGCGGACAGACCGCAGACGGACAGUAUGAUGAUCACAAGCAGCAGAGGGCGCUACCCUUGACUGAAGAACAGGUUUUGUUCAGACGUAAAAGACAGUUGGAGCAGAGGGGUUCCACCCACCUGAGCCACUCAGGCCUGCCUGGGGCCGUCUCCAUCAAAGGCUUCCCUAACACUCUCAUCCAGGCUGAUAGGUCCAGGCGGCACUUGACACUUCAAGCUGCGAAUAAGAAAAAGAAGCUUAAAUCCCGCCUCGGCUCCUUCUCCCUCCUUACCAACGACAAGACAUCCAACCCCCUACAGGUGAUAAGAGCAAGAAGACAGGUGAAGAUCGAGCCACCCAAGAGGAAUUCAGGUCGUUCUGGGGCUUUCUCUGUCCUGGGAGAUCCACUGAAUGAUGGACAGAACGACAGACCCAAAAGAAGCAUAAAGAAGAUGGAUGCUGCAAAAUAAAAUGCGCUUUCUCAUUGUGGCAAAGCCUGAUAAGGGGUGUGCACAGUACAAAUGUGUCCGAAUUUUCCCAAAGAACAUGUAAACACACACUUAAGAUUGGUGUGAAAAUCUGACAACUUCUGUGUUUAUUUUUGAAAGCUAUCUUAUUUUUAUCAGCCAGUCUGCACUUACGGAUACUUUUUAUAUACUAUUUUAAGUUUCUAAUAUAUUCCUGCAUGUUAUAAAAUCAUGAAUGAUCCCAUAUUAAUAUUAUAGUUUGCCAUUUUGUUGUAACCUAUUUAAUCACAGAUUCCUUCUGAAGAUUGGGGGUAUAUUUUUGCAGAAAUAUUUCUUGUCUUGUUGUAUCAGAUUUCAAUAAAAGUUGAGUAGAGACAUAC